CACAUCCAGGAUGCUUGGUUAAGUUCGAUAUUUAUCUGCGGAAGAGGAUAGGGAAAAGAAAACCCUAGGAAACCCUAGAACUUGAACAUGUCUGGUAUGUACGGUCACGAAGGCGACGGAUCCGCUCCUCCGCCCCCCGGAGGAGGCUAUGGAGGUGGCGGGCCUAGCGGCGGGGGAAACUAUGGCGGUGCCGGAGGCUAUGGCGGCGGCGCCGGAGGUAGCAGUGGUGGAGGAUACGGCGGAGGAGGAGGUUAUGGAGGCAGCGGUGGUGGAGGAUUUGGCGGAAACGGUGGGGGAGGAGGUUACGGAGGUAGCGGUGGUGGAGGUUAUGUUUCUGGUGGAGGAAGCGGGGGCGGUCGAGGUGGCAGAGGAGGAGGAGGUGGUGGAUACGGUGGUGCUGGCGGAGGAUAUCAAGGAGGAGAUCGUGGUGGUCGUGGUGGAGGCGGUGGCAACAGAGGGGGAGGCCGCGGUGGUGGAAGCGGCAGGGAAGGUGAUUGGCGUUGCCCCAACCCUAGCUGUGGGAAUCUGAACUUUGCUAGAAGAGUAGAGUGUAACAAAUGUGGUGCACCAGCUCCUACCAGUGCUGGAGACCGUGGGGGCAGUGCUGGUAGCGGUUAUAGGGGAGGAAGUGGUGGACAAGGUGGUAGAGGCAGUAAUUAUGAUGGUGGAAGUGGUGGAGGUAGUAGAGGAGGUUCUUAUGGCAGUAGCCAAGGAAGAGAUGAUGUUGGAUAUGGUCAAGUUCCUCCAGUUGCACCGCCUUCUUAUGGUGGGCCAGGUGGCAGUUACCCACCACCUAUGAAUAAUUAUGGUGGGAAUCCUAGUUAUGGGACUGAUGCUGUUCCUCCACCUACGAGCUAUACUGGCGGGCCUAAUUCAUAUCCUCCAACGUAUGGUGCUCCUGCUAGUUAUGGUAGUGAUGCUGGAGGUGAUGCUCGUAAUGGUGGGCGUGGUGGCCGGUCAGGUGGAUAUGGUGGUGGUCCUCGGAAUUCUGGCGGUGGCUAUGGUACUGCUCCUGCUGAGGCUCCUGCAAAGGUGAAGCAAUGCGAUGAGAAUUGUGGGGAUACUUGUGACAACUCGAGAAUUUACAUCUCAAAUUUGCCUCCAGAUGUGACUGUUGAGGAACUGCAAGAACUUUUUGGGGGCAUUGGACAAGUUGGUAGAAUCAAGCAAAAGCGAGGCUAUAAAGACCAAUGGCCUUGGAAUAUUAAGAUCUACACAGAUGAGCAGGGAAACAACAAGGGUGAUGCAGCUUUGGCAUAUGAAGAUCCAUCCGCUGCGCAUUGUGCUGGUGGCUUCUAUAAUGGUCAUGAAAUUAGGGGUUAUAAAAUAAGUGUGGCUAUGGCUGAGAGGUCUGCUCCUCGGGCCCCUCCUUCAUUUGGUGGCGGCGGUGGAGGUAGAGGUGGAUAUGGCGGUGGAGACAGGCGCAGAGACAAUUACAGAGAUGGUGGAGGUUCUGGUCCAGAUCGAAAUUAUUAUGGUGGCAAUCGUUCUCGCCCGUACUGAAGUCCGGAAGAGCAAUUGUGUACUAAAAAAUGUUGAAGUUGUUUAGUUUUAUUCUGUUCGCGGUGUUGUUCUCAUACUCUGGAGACAAAGAGGUAGGUUGUUCUAUGAGCAAUGCCCCUUUUCUCCUUUUUUUUCUGGCUUCUGUUAGAUGGUGGGCUUUUUAUAUUCAAGUUUGGAUUGAUUUGAAGUAUGUGAAUGUUUUUAUAGAGGCAAGUGGAUAUUCUCCAAAUUUGCUGCUAAGGUAGGUUGAGAUUUCAGGUGAGUUGCUCAAAUCUAAAUUGCAUAUCUAUGCUUGGUUGGGACUUGAGGGACAUGGUUGCUAGGCUGCUUUCACGUCAGCCACAUGCUUGUUGCUUCAUGUGGUUUUGGAAUCGGUGUAAUUAGGCACCAUAGCCUUUGCUACAUCCUUUUACCACUUAAAUGUAAUUAUUUGUCGACUUUUAGAGUGGUAAUAUUUAUGAGCUGUAGCAGUCAUUCUCAAUUCAAGCCUUAGGCUAUCUGGUUUAAUGUUCUUUGUGCUUGUCCUUGUCUACGCUCCCCUGCUCCACAUGUUAGAAGCUUGAGGCGCAAUGUUUAGUUAGAUCUGUUGUACCUUCAAUUUUUACAAAAAACAGUUGUAGGCUUAACACGUUAGGUGUUGUGGUUUUAAUCACCCUAUUUUAGUUCAA